CGAGGUCAAGGGGAUGGAGGUGGAGGCGGACACACAGGGGGAGGCAGCCCCACCAGAUGACAAGAAAGAACAACAGGGGGCGGCCGACAACGAGCCCGGCAACGGUGCUGCAGCUGCACCACAGCCGGAUGCUGCGGAGGACCAGAAGGCCACAGAGGGGACGGCGGUCGAGGACAAAGACAAGGGAGAGGGGGACAAGCAAGACGCGACGACGGAUGAGCCGGCACAAGAAGACAAACCAGCGAAAGACGAGGAUGCAGACAAGCCCCAAGGGCAGGAACAAGCAGAACCCCCGGCCGAGCCAGCUGCCGAGGAACACAAGGAAGAAGCCCCUCCCAGAGAGGCGGCGGAGACAGAUGAGCCCCAGGCAGCCGAUGAGAAGCGACAAGGCGGCGGAGAGAGGGAGGGGGAGAGGGAGAGGGAGGUGGAGGGGGAGGGGGAGGGGGAGGGAGCGGGACAAGUGCCAGAUGAGAAGGUCGAAGAGGCGGCGGCUGAAGGUGGGGAGGGGCCGCAGCCGGAGGGAGAAGGUGAAAGUGAAGGUGGGCCGCCGCUUGUGACUGAGACGGCGAAUCACUUGAGAAAUGACAUUGAGCGGACUGCACAGACAACAACAUCGGCAGUCCUGACGCUGCAGCAGGCUAUCGUGAGCAAUGCCAUUCCGUAUCUGCCAAAGACGUUCGUUCGCGUGUCCAUCGAUUUCCUUCUCGUGUCGUGUAGGGCCGCCUUGGUGUGUCUGCUGAUCUGGUGGACGAUCCAGCAAAGAAGGAGGAGAUCAAACAGGCGCAGCAGUAAGCCAACCAACAAACGUGAGAUGGAUGGCACACCACAGACACUUCUCUCUUGCCGGUGUUUGUUUGUUUGUCAUGUGUGUAAGGUCGCUGCAGGAGGCCGCUGAUGAGCUGGAGCGCCUCCGCGACUCACUCCAGCAGCCAGACAGCGCCAAAGCGGCCGUGGUAAGCGACACGCUGAGCAUUCAUGUGGGCCGUGCACAGUUCAGGUGUGUGUGUGUGUGUGUGUGGAUGUGUGGGUAUAUCAAUCAGAGUGCGUCAGAGGAGGAGGACAAGGGCCCGACGCCGAUGCCUCCCGUCAAGGACCUCCUCGACAACCUGGACAGGAAGCAGGUAGGGCGCGAUUGCGACACAAGACGGGGGAAAUCACGCCUCGCCUCGCCAGGCUCAUUUGCUGUCUGUGUGCCUGCAGGUGCCUUCAGUGGUGGGGUCGUCAUGCAAGGACGCAACGGGAGAGGAGCCACAAGACGCAAGUCAGUCGGUGAUCGGGAGAAUCUGUCCAUUCUACCACCUUACUGUCUGUUUGUCUGUGCGCUGUGCAGGCGAGCUGAGUUUCGACGAGCGGGCGAUGCAGGAGGUCAGUGAGAGGUCCACGAUAUUCCACACGAGAAAGGAUCUGGUGUGUGUUUGCGUGUCUUACCAGGACAUGGACAGCCUGCGUCGAGUGCGUCGGCAGCUGGAGUGUGACGCAGAGGGGCGCGACCUCAUGGUCAGUCAGCACAUGGCGGGCAGGUAGCGUGUAUGUCAAACCAUACAUCUAUUGCCUGCUGCUGCAGGAGGGUGUUGAGGCGCCAGUGUAUGAGGCGGACUAUGUUGACGACGACCUAUCGGAGCUGAAACGAGUCAGGAGACAAAUAAGGUCGGUCCGUCAUUGUCAUCCCUCUUAGUCGUCAAUCCAUCCAUCCAUCCAUCCAUCCAUCUGUUUUGUCCAUGCAGGUAUCUGUUUGGCGGUCUGCUGCAGUCCCUGCCCGCACAAAACGCAGAGUGAGUAGGGCCCUAUAAGGGGCUGCGGAUGACGCGCUGUGUUCCCUGCUCACGUGUGAGUGUUUGUCAGGACUUUGGCGGAGCAGUUGAACCUGCCCAAGUUCCCACCAGACCCCAGCGAUUUGUCCAAGGUAACUAACACAAAAGGAUGAAUCGAUUCGAUCGACGAUGUCUCUUGCCCAUCCAUCCAUCCAUCCACCUAUACGCAUCAUUCGUGUGAAAAUGGUCAGAGUGCGACGCCUGUGGUGAGCGGCAAGGAGGAUGACCGGCCACUCGUGCCGCACAGAGACGACUACCGUAAGUCAGCCGAGUGGUCACCUUCGUCUGGCAAAUGGACAAUUUAUUGCCUGGGUACCUUCUGUCACCACCUGCAGGCCCUGCCCGCCCACAGGGCAGGCAUCGCGAGUCGCGCAGCACAUUGGACGGCGGGGUGGUGAGAGGGCGGGGCUAUGGAGAAGAGAGGGAGGGCAUGCUGGAUGAGGAGACGCAACCAGAGGACGACAGCACCAGCGGAGGCAGACGCAGACCCUCACAUAAAGUGUGGCAGCUCGGUCCACAACAUACAGACGCGCAGUCAUUCGACGCUGGGUCCUUUCUGUGUUUGUUUGUGUCAGGGUGUGCGUCGCGGUGAGGAGGCGAGGCCACCUGGCGGUGAUUGGGCAUCUGAGGUCAUCAAGUUGAGUCUGGACCCCGACAACCAGUGGGAGUGGGGCAGAAACAGGUCCAUGCAGCCAUACGGUCAGUCAGUCAGUAUGGGCAGCAGCCUGCUGCUCACGGACAUCACACGCAGUUCCAUCAUCCAUAUGCAUUCACGCGCAUGACAUGACAGGUCGCGGUGACCCCUCUCAGUUGUUGAAGGAGUUGGAUUUGUCGUAUGGCGUCAAGGACCGACAGCGCGCCUCAUGGGAGACCCCACACACAUCCAAGGCGGGUGGACCGCCAGCCGACCUGCCCCCGCCACGCGCAAAAAGACCUUCUGCGUACUCGGGUACAGAUGAAUAAGAUCCGUUCAACUCAACAGGCAGCCCAGCCAGACACAUAUGUAUAUGUUCAUCCAUCUAGCCAUUCGUUUGAUUGAUGUGCCUGCCUUUCUGUGGUUGUGUGUGUAGGUGAGAGCCGCGGAGAGAGUGAGGAGGUGCCGCCUCCCAUUUCAUACGCCAAGCAGCACAGCGGCUAUGCGCGUGAGCAGCCCGCCGCCGCCAAGAGCAAGCAGCGAACCCAGCAGCAGCAGCGGGGGCAGGUGAGGUGUGUGGACAGCGGAGGGAUCGGAAGGAGGGAGGGCUGCACGGGAAGACCACGAGCCAAGCCACAUUGCUUUCCUCUGUGUGAUGUUGUGUUGUGUUGGGCUGUGUUGGGUUGGGUUGUGACUCCUCAGUUGCAGCCUGAGGGUGGUUAUGCGGCUGUUCAGCCGGCUCGGGAGAGGAGAGGCCGUGGGGGCUACUAGACACACACAAGCAGACAUGAUGGAUGGAUGGCUGGAUGGAUGGUCGGGUGGACGGUCAUGUGGGUCUGUCGGUGAGUGUGUGGAUCGAAGUUGACCAGAUAAGAAUGAGACGAUCUAGAUGUGUCAGUCUGUCGUCGUUGAUUUCUUGGCUCAUUGAUGAAGCAAUAUACCAAUCGAACUGAGAGACAACCAAGAGUAUUGAUUGCACUACGCGCCGACCCACACUCCUGCGGGCAAAUGAGUGAGUGACACAAGGUUGCACACGAUGGACGGCAUCAGAUUUCCUAUUGCUCUGUAUGUGUGUCCUGUCUUGGUGAGCGAAGAGUCAGAAUUGUAGGCACGCACCAAGCCCCUGCACCAUACGCAACACAUCGAGCCAAGUGCAAAGGGUCCCAACGGUGAAGAGAAAGGCGACGCACAAGCUCGAUCUCGCCUUUUGAGGAAGUCCUACUUUAAACGAGCCAGC